AGCAUGCCCGAGGGCCCCGAGCUGCGCCUGGCCGCGCUCUACGUGAACCGCGCCUGCGCGGAGCUGGUGUUCGCGGGCCGCGUGGAGAAGUCCGAGGUCAGCCGCAACCCCGAGGUGCCCUUCGAGAGCAGCGCCUACCGCAUCGCGGCGUCCACGCGCGGCAAGGAGCUGCGCCUGACCCUGAGCCCCCUGCCCGGGGCGCGCCCGCCGCGCCAGCCCCUGCCCAUCGUCUUCCGCUUCGGCAUGUCGGGCUCCUUCCGGCUGGCCCCGGCCGGCCAGCUGCCGCGCCACGCGCACCUGCGCUUCUACACCGCCCCGCCCGCACCCCCGCAGGCCCUCUGCUUCGUGGACGUCCGCCGCUUCGGCCGCUGGGACCCCGGAGGGCACUGGCAUCCGGGCCGCGGGCCCUGUGUCCUCCUGGAGUACCAGCAGUUCAGGGAGAAUGUGCUCCGGAACUUGUCGGACAAGGUCUUUGACCGGCCCAUCUGCGAGGCCCUCCUGGACCAGAGAUUCUUCAACGGCAUCGGCAACUACCUGCGGGCGGAGAUCCUGCACCGGCUGAAGAUCCCCCCAUUUGAGAGGGCUCGCACAGUUCUGGAGGCCCUGAAGCAGCACCGGCCGAGCCCCGAGCUGACCCUGAGCCAGAAGAUCAGGGCCCGGCUACAAAACCCGGACCUGCUGGAGCUGUGCCAUUUGCUGCCCAAGGAGGUGGUCCGGCUGGGGGGUAAAGGCUACGGGUCGGAGCAAGGGGAGGAAGACUUCGCGGUGUUCCGGGACUGGCUGCGGUGCUAUGGCGUGCCGGGCAUGAGCUCCGUGCGGGACGGGCAUGGCCGCACCAUCUGGUUCCAGGGGGACCCUGGCCCCAUGGCACCGAAAGGGGGCAAGUCCCGCAAAAAGAAGGCCCGGAAGAGCCAGCAGGUGCCUGCGGAUGGAGCAGAGGUCCCCCCACUGCCCAGGAGGAGAAGAACCCGAAAACCCUCCAGGAAGACAGCUGAAGGGGACCCGCCUCCCACAAGCCCCAGAGGUCCCCCUGGGCCUGGGACCACCCCCCCGCAGGCCCCAGAGGCCCCCCCAGACCCUGAGAAAGGGAAGAGGACAGGGCGCCGCUGCACAGGCGCAGGCCGCCGUAGACCGCAGAAGACCAAAGCCAGUACCCCAUCUGGGGAGUCUGGGGGGACCCCAGCCUCUUAGCAGGCAGCCCUCCUUGCUUGAACCCAUCUUCCACUCUCUGGAUGUUGCUGUGUGUGUGUGUGUGUGUGUGUGUGUAUGUGUGUG